AUGGACCCGGUAUCUACGCCUAGUGCGGAGAGUUCCGCGUUGAAGACUCCUGUGAUAGAAGUGGAAGCCGUUGACAUGGCACCCGCAGAGGCUGAAGCAACUCUUACCACAGAAACCGCGGUUACCAUGGAGGAGAUCUCGCAGUCGGAAUCCGAGACAGAGAGCGAUGGAGAGGAGUGGGAAAACGAGUCUCUCUACGAGGAUGCUAUUCAAGUUCUCCGCGAUGAUCAGCUGCGCGACGGAGUGUUCCCUGGCGCCUGUACUCUAGAUGAAGCAGUUGCGUUCCGGAAGCGGCUCCAUGAGAUUGGCAAGGCAGCCUUUGUGGAGGAGACUAUCGGCCGCGAUACAGUAACGGCGAAGAAGUUAUGCACCGCUUUUGGGAUAGCACCGCCAGAAUUUCUGAAAGGUGCACCGGAUGAGGCUUAUCACCCUUUAUUGGCCAUUGCUAUUUCGCGGGAGUUCACAAGGCGUCAGAAGCUGCCCGAGUACAACUCGAUUGAUGACGCGGUCAAGCUCCUACAGGAGUCGAAGAACAUUAUCGUGUUAACCGGAGCUGGUAUUUCUACCAGUCUUGGGAUCCCGGAUUUUAGAUCCAAGGAUACCGGUCUUUACUCUCAAUUGGAGCACCUGGGUUUGAGCGACCCCCAGGAAGUCUUCGAUAUUCAUAUCUUCCGCGAGGACCCCGGUAUUUUCUUCUCGAUCGCAAAGGAUAUCCUGUCCACUGAGAAGAAAUUCUCUCCAACUCAUGGAUUUAUUCGGUUGCUUCAGGACAAGGGAAAACUAUUGACUAACUAUACUCAAAACAUUGACAAUAUCGAGGCCAACGCAGGAGUGCUUGCAGAGAACAUUGUGCAGUGCCAUGGUUCUUUUGCAACAGCCACAUGUGUCAAAUGCGAUUAUAAGGUCCAAGGCGACGAAAUAUUCGACGAAAUCAGGAGGGGGGUUGUUCCCGAAUGCGCUCAAUGUCGCGAGAAGAUAGCGGAAGAUGCGCUGAAAGCCCAAGGAUUAAAGCGAAAGCGCAGCAGUAACGGACCGCAUAAGAGCCGAAAGGAUGAUGAGAAUAGCUCUGACGAGGAGGAUUACGAAAUUCCGACUCCCGGAGUGAUGAAGGUUAGUCGACUACCCGAUAUCACAUUCUUUGGCGAAGAUCUUCCUGAUGAAUUCGGUCGCCGUCUUCUUCACCAUGAUCGGGACAAGGUGGAUCUUGUCAUUGUCAUUGGAACCUCCUUGAAGGUUGCUCCCGUGGCAGAGGUUCCAGGCGUCCUACCCUCUCAUGUGCCGCAGAUUUACAUAUCUCGCACUCCUGUGCUACAUACAGGCUUUGAUAUAGAUUUACUGGGCGACUGCGACGUGGUGGUGUCCGAACUCUGCCGUCGGGCCGGUUGGGACUUGAAACACGAAAUGAUACCCCCUGAUGAGAAGGUCGAAAUCACCCCAGUCGAAGGUUAUGAGUCACGACAUGUCUUUCAAGGCAUCUCGCGAAAGAUGGAAUAUCUCAUCCGCUUGGCCCAAGUACACGAGACCUUUCGAAAACCGGAGAUAGAGGCAUUGGCUGAUUUGGCCGGAAUCGAUAUUGAAAUUAUAUAUUAUCAUGAAUUCUCCCCAUAUUGCGUUGUAAAACUUCCAAGUGAGGAAGCUGCACGCACUCUCAUUUCUCGCAGUAUCAUAGCCAAGGAUAUCUUUGAACUAUGGGGUGAAGGCGCUACCUACGAGGACCUCCAUGCCGACGUUCGCAGGCGGACGCAGCAUCUCUGGGGGAAAUACCUGGACACCCCGUUUCGAUUUACUGUUGAAUGUUUUGGCGGGAAGCGGAGCUCCACUGAAAAGCGAGAGCUCAUCCAGUCCUUUUCCUACGUAGGCUUCCGGGGCCCAAUUAAGCUGAAGAACCCGGACCAGGAUUUUUGGGUUCUCGAGCAGUUCCCUUACGAUAACGGGUUGACUCCCAGGAGCACUAAUCCGGCUCUGGAGCAGGAUCCCGUGAAGAUUUAUCUGGGACGCUGGCUUGCCGAGAGCGGUCGCGAGGUUAUAAAUAAGUAUGAUCUGAAGAAGCGUCGGUAUAUUAGUACUACGUCGAUGGAUGCCGAGCUGAGCCUGAUCACGGCGAAUAUGGCUCUCGCGGCACCGGGGAAAUUGUUCUAUGAUCCCUUCGUUGGCACGGGGAGCUUCUGCGUUGCCGCGGCGCAUUUUGGAGCCCUCGUCUUUGGCUCUGAUAUUGAUGGACGAAGCUUCCGCGGUAAGGAGACGGAGAACGAGAAGCUCAUGGGUGUGGAGUUGAACUUCCAGCAGUAUGGGAUUCUGGAUAAAUUCGUGGAUACUUUCACCUCAGAUCUUACGAAUACGCCUCUACUUGAUAAACAAUUCCUCGAUGGCAUUGUCUGCGAUCCUCCUUACGGUGUUCGAGAAGGUCUAAGAGUUCUCGGGUCGCGAGAAGGACGUCGGAACGAAGAAGUCAUUAUUGAUGGCAUUCCUGCACACUAUCGACCCGGUUACAUUGCGCCUAAAAAGCCCUAUGGCUUUGAAGCCAUGUUGCACGACAUUCUAAAUUUCGCCUCGCGGACUCUCGUCACGAACGGGCGUCUAUCCAUGUGGAUGCCAACCUCUAAUGACGAAGAUGGGGAGCUAUCUAUUCCCAUGCAUCCAAACCUCGAAGUUAUCAGUGUUUCCGUGCAAUCGUUCAACACUUGGUCCCGCCGACUUAUCACUUAUCGGAGGCUUCCAGAAGGAGUUGUCUCGGACACCUCAUUGGGAAGGCAAAAAGGCGAUGCUGUUGGAGUUUCUGCGGAUGAGCUGAAUGCGUUCAGAAGAAAAAUCAGAUCAGAUCUUGCCCCGGAACCUAUUCCUCUCCUGAGAAAAAGAAUCAACCUCCAAAUCCACCCCCUCUUCAUACUUCAAACGCUGCAAUUCCCUCGCCAACUGAGCUCGGAGCUCCCGCGCCAACCCCUCGCCUUCACAGUCAUCCAAAUCCUCUCUCUGCCCCCGCCCAAACAUCACAUAACUCAAUUUCGCCGGCGUAGAGGCCGCACCUAG